GUACAGGUAGUUCUCGACUUAACGACUGGUCGCUUAGCAAACCAUAAUUCAGCUCAAAAUUUCUGUUGCUAAGCAAGACAGUUGUUAAGUGAGUUGUGCCCAGUUUUACAAUUCUUUUUUGCCACAGAUGUUAAACCAAUCACUGCCAGUUGUUAAUGAUUUCACUGAGGGGUGGAGAAAGUUUUACGUGUCCUUGUGAAGCCAUUUCCUGCUGGGAAAAAGUAAUCUAUCAGGAAACCUUUGGCUUAGAUCCAAGCAGCCUAAUUAAUUAAGUCAAGGGAAAAGGAAGAGAAUUAAAUCGGGGACGAGCUGAUUCAAUCCUAAAAAAUGACGGCAAUCUGCAAAUUCCCUGAAUUUGCCCAGGACUCUUCAAAUUAUCCAUAUAGGUGGGCAAAUCUUUGCCACCCAAUGGCAGUCAAUCAAAUAAAUGUUCUGUGCUUUCUGUAAAGAACAUAUAUCAAGAGUGGGAAGGGACCUUGGAGGUCUUGUAGUCUAACCCCUUCUCAUACAAGAAACCCUACAUCAUUUCAGAGAAAUGGCUAUCCAGUCUCUUUUUAAGAGCCUCCAGUAUUGGAGCACUCACAACUUCUGGUAGCAAGUAGUUCCACUGGUUAAUUGUUCUCACUGUCUGGAAAUUUCUCCUUAGUUCUAGGUUGCUUCUCUCCUUGAUUAGUUUCCACCCGUUGCUUCUUGUCCUGCCUUCUGGUGCUUUGGAGAAUAGCUUGACUCCCUCUUCUUUGUGGAAGCCCCUCAAAUAUUGGAAGACUGCUAUCAUGUCACCCCUAGUCCUUUUCAUUAGAUUAUUAGACAUAGCAAUGUAUCUGUUAAAAUAUAUCUGUUCCAUCUUCUUUUUCCUUUGUGGUUUUGUCUUGUUAUGAUUCCAGUAUGAAGGAGGUCCAAGCAAGAAAUGUUUUUUUUUCUUCCUUGAAAGGGACAUUCUGUUGGCCAACAACUGAGAUUGCUGGAUUUCAUCCAGGAUAGAGAAGAAGCGAUUAGGAAUCACUAAUGCUCUUUGUUGAAUCAGGAAAUGUUACUGAUUCCAACUUUUAAAAAAGCAGCUCUUAAGUCUUCUAAUAUUGUUUUGUUCCUUUCUCCUAAAUUAGGUUACUGGAAAAGAGCAUCAUGGCUGCAGGCAUAGAACAAAAUUAAUCAUGCAGAGGGGUGACCGGGAAGAAUGUUCUCAUCAGUGAAGCCAUAUGAAAACCAGCGCUACUCAACUUUGAAGAAGGACUGUCAGAGGAAGAAAAUCUUGUUUGAAGAUCCGCUCUUUCCAGCCAACGAUGACUCGCUCUUCUACAAGUCUCGGAUUCAGGGGAUCCAAUGGAAGCGACCCAAAGACAUCUGUGAAGACCCCCAUCUCUUUGUGGAUGGAAUCAGCUCCCAUGACUUACAUCAGGGGCAGGUGGGCAACUGCUGGUUCGUGGCUGCCUGCUCAGCGUUGGCAUCCAGAGAGGCCCUAUGGCAGAAGGUAAUUCCGGAUUGGAAAGAGCAAGAAUGGUCCUCGGAGAAGCCGCAAAAUUAUGCCGGGAUUUUCCAUUUCCAGUUCUGGCGUUUUGGCCGGUGGAUCGACGUGGUGAUCGACGACCGGCUGCCAACCCUCCACAACCAACUCAUCUAUUGCCAUUCCAACUCCAAGAACGAACUGUGGUGCGCUUUGGUGGAAAAAGCGUACGCGAAACUCUCGGGAUGCUACGAAGCCUUAGACGGAGGCAACACGGGCGAUGCCUUGGUGGAUUUUACCGGGGGGGUCUCGGAACCGAUUGACCUGGUCGAAGGAGGCUACGCCAAUGAUGAAGCCAAACGAAAUCUCCUUUUUGAGCGGGUGUUGAAGGUUCAUAACCGAGGAGGUCUCAUCAGCUGCUCCAUCAAAGCCGUGUCAGCCGCCGAUAUGGAAGCCCGGCUGGGCUGUGGCCUGGUCAAAGGCCACGCCUAUGCAGUCACCGACGUCCGGAAAGUCCGCCUUGGCCACGGCUUGCUGGCCUUCUUCAAGUCCGAAAAGCUGGACUUGAUCCGGUUGAGGAACCCUUGGGGGGAGCGAGAGUGGAACGGCCCCUGGAGUGACACCUCAGAGGAAUGGCAGAAAGUCAGCAGCAGUGAACGAGAGAAACUCGGAAUGACCGUGGAGGACGAUGGAGAGUUUUGGAUGGCCUUUGAUGACUUCUGUACAUACUUCACCGACAUCAUCAAAUGCCGCCUGAUCAACACGUCCUACCUGAGCAUCCAUAAGACGUGGGAAGAAGCCGUCUUGAAGGGCUCCUGGACGCGGCACGAAGACCCCUUGAAGAACCGUUGUGGAGGCUGUGUCAACAACAGGGAUACUUUCUUGCAAAACCCCCAGGUGGAACUCAACCGGACGUAUCGAAUGCACGCCCUACAGUCCAAGGUCGCCGGCUCCAUCUACAUCAACUCUCGAAGUGUCUUCCUGAGGACGGACCUGAAAGAGGGUCGCUAUGUCGUCAUACCGACCACUUUUGAGGCUGGCCACGUGGCCGAGUUCCUGCUCAGGCAGUUCACAGACGUGCCUUCUGACUUCCAAGAACUGACCUUGGACGAGCCCCCUCACACCUGCUGGAGUGGAAUGUGUGGCUAUCCCCAAUUGGUGUCCCAGGUCCAUGUCAUCUCGGCUUCCGGGCUGAAGAACCAAAGCGCUGAAGAAGGAGUGGAUCCUUAUGUGAUCAUAAAGUGUGAAGGGGAGAAAAUCCGAUCACCGGUGCUAAAAAACACCCUGACGCCGGAAUUUGAUGUUAAAGGACUUUUCUACCGCAAGAAACCGAGGCAGCCGGUCAUAAUUCAGAUCUGGAACCACAACCUGAUCACAGAUGAGUUUCUGGGUCAAGUCGCCUUGGUCGGAGACCCCAACGAGCUUCAGCCUUUGCACAUUCUCCACCUCCAAGACAGAGGGAACAAACGGGUUUCGGAUCUGCCCGGCCUUCUUAAGGUGCAGUUGUUGAGUAGCCAAGUUCUCACGAGCAUCUGAGGCCUUCUCUCGCUCUGCGCCAUCUUCCACGAUUCCUCGACGUACGUCACUGUGUGUGCUUGUCGGUUGUCUCCAUAGACUGUGCAUGUCUUCCCUUUUGAAAUGGGACCAGCCCUUCUAAGUUCCACCUGGGUUGUUUUUCACAGUUUGACACUAAAAGGUGCCUUUUUUCCAAGAAGCCAAAAUGCCACGUCUUCCUCCUCCUCCUCCUCCUCCUCCUCCUCCUCCUCCU